UCAGAGCGGAAGUUGUUAUAAGGUGGAGAUAAUUUGUAUCAACGUGUAUCGUGAGAGUAACCCAGUUUUGUUUAGUCUGGUGUUUUAUUUGGAUGGCUGCUAACAUGUAUGGAUAGGUAUCACACAAAAUUCUUUCUCAGACCAUGCCUAGGUUCUGCAGCGUUGAACUGAAAUGGAGCAGACAUCUUGGAUGUUGUGACGUUCAUGUUUACUAAUCAUGUCACCCCUGUGGUUGAGAAUGGACAGGCCUCGUUAUGUUGUGGCUUUGUGCUGUCUACUCUUCAUAGGCACAAACUUCGUUAAUAAGUACGUGCUCUCUGUUCUCCAGUUCACAUAUCCAACAAUCUUUCAAGGAUGGCAGACACUGGUUGGCGCCAUCGUACUGCGUAUUUUGAUCUCCACGGGAACCAUGGAACCACUGCUGUCUGAUAUACACAGAGUAGAACUUGGUCUGUGGUUACCUGGCAUGAUAAUGUUCGUCACAUCCAUAUACUCCGCGUCAAAGGCUCUGGCUGCUUUGCCCAUUCCAGUGUUUAUCUCACUACAGAAUAUUGUGCUGGUUUUUAGAUCUACCGCUACAAUUGCAAUCACUGGAAAGUGGACAGGAGGGUUUGUGUACGCGAUGUUAAUGUUAAUAAUCAUCUCAUCAGUUGCUAUCGCAAAGACAGAUCCACAGUUUAAUCAAGAUGCCUAUUUCUGGAUGUGUGUGCAUAUCGUAAGCAAUGGCUUGCAUCAGAUAUAUUCCAGACUGGUUUCCGGCAAACUGAAACUCAGUUCCCACGAGAAACUAUAUUCCUCUUAUAUUUAUAGUAUCAUUGUUCUUGCACCAUCAAGUUAUUUUCUGGGUGAUGCUUUGGAAGCAAGUAAAUUUCCAUUGUUGUUUUUCGCCAAGUUCUACAUGGGGUGUAUUUUGAGCGGUGUGUUUGGGAUUUUCCUCAGUCUUUCAUUCAUCUACUUACAAGACAGCACGGAUGUGGUCCAUGUUGACGCCGACAUGGUGGAAGGUGUCGCUAAGAUCAUGACGUCCAUUUUGUCACUUCUAGUUUUCCAGAUUCCUCUGACUGGUAACCAUGCCAUAUGGUUGGUUGUCAACCAUCUGUGUGCUCUGGCGUGUUCUGAGUCCCCCACAGACAACAGACCAGAGUUUCCUUUUGUCCAAUCAGAGGCUUCAACAGAGUCACAUGACUCACUUAAAUAUUUAAAGCGGGACGAACUCCAACAGGACAUGAUCCGAGUUGAUGUGAUCUCAUGACGGAAUGGGAAUCUCUUCUCAUGUGCAAUAAUAAAAUGUAUUAAAGGGA